AUGGCGGCUACGUACGGCGUCCGGCAACUCUAUGGAGGAGCCUUGACUGUUGAGUUGCCCGUUGAAUUGAUAGAUUCGAGCGACAUCCGCCAAAUCCCCGACCACCAAGAAGUCUUCCUCUCGCCCACGACCCUCACGUCCAUCAUCUUUGAGAUAAACACGCACAUCUCCACGGGCGGCGGCGGCGGCGAUAACCACAACGCCCCCAGCCAGGCCCCAACAACCCGCACCGAAGUCUCUCCAGACGGCACCACCACGACGACAACCACGACCACGACCACCAGCGUCACCACGUCGGUUGUCUCGGCCGGAGCAAGCCCGCAGGCACAGAACCCGGGACCAAACAGGGACGCCGAUGACCAUGAAGCCACGAAACAGCACUUUACCGACGUCAUCUCCCCACCUGACACCCUCGUCUCGACGCUGCCCUCGCCCCAGCCCGUGAAAAUGCUCGACCCUUCCCUGGCGCGGUACCCAGCGUACAUGCUCGCCGGGAACAUCAACACCGUCGACGACAACACCCGCGCAGCAGGGGCCUCCAACGCUCACGCUCAGCAGCCGAACCAUGCACAUGCACGGGCCCAUCCCGGCGCCGCCACAGCGCCCGCCACCUUCCCCACGACGGGGGGCUCCUCGGCGUCGCACGCCGCGCAGUCCCUACUGGGUCUCGUUCAUCAGAUCCAGCUCCUCGUCCGCCUGCCUGAUCAUGGCACGGACAUUGUCGUGCGCGUGGCUGUGCCGCUCAAGGAGUUCGCGCGGGCCGGCCAAGCACUGGGGAGCAGUGACUCUGGAGCCACCGAGGGGAUGAUUGCCGAGGAGCUGGGCAGGGCGCGCGAUCUGCUUGCCAGGGUGGUGGGGACACUGAAGGUGCGCGAUUGGGGGUUACUGGCUGGGUAG